CACCGCGGUGAGCAUCUGGCGCGACGCCAGAAUAUACAUAUAUCGCAUGUCCCGGCAAAUAUAACCCGAAGCAGGAAUAUACACUAUAUGACUGGUGACGCAGCAUCGAGCAUUUUUCGCAAAGAUGGAACUGGAAUGGGAAUUCAUUGGAAUGGGAACUGGAGGGGU